AUGAUGGGGGGCUAUUUACGCAAAGUGGAGUGUAGUCAAAAUGGAUUGGUGUGGGGAAUAUCUCAUGACCACAGAGUAUGGGUAUAUACAGGUGGCUGGGGUGGGGGUAUUUUAAAAGGAAUAGGAGGCAAUGAAGGAAUCCAUGCAAUGACUGACACACAAACUUAUUGUGUUUACGAAAAUCAGAGAUGGAACCCAUUAUCUGGAUAUACUUCAACUGGGCUUCCUACUGACCGAUACAUGUGGAGUGAUAUAACUGGGAGGCUAAAAAGGACUAGAGAACAUACCAAAUUAUUAAAUCGUCAUUGGCAUUGGAUAUCCGAAUGGAUGAUAGACUACAACACCCCUGGCGGCGUAGAUAAUGAAGGGUGGCAAUAUGCCACUGAUUUCCCGGCCCCAUACCAUGGGAAAAAAAUAUUCACCGAUUGUGUCCGACGGCGUAGGUGGUAUAGAAAGGCACAAAUAAAUACAGAAGGACCGUGGAUACGCGCUGGGAAUACUGGUUUACUUGAUAUAUCUAUAUGGGCUAACGAGGCUUAUAUUUCUGUAUGGGCGGUCACCAUAGGCGGUGACGCAAUAUACAGAACUGGCGUUACACAAGCUACUCCAGGGGGUGUCCAUUGGGAGCACGUGAAUAGUCCACAAGCACUCCUCGCCAUAAGCACCUGCAGCGACGUGGUUUGGGCGGUGGGACGCAAAGGGGAGUUGUAUUACAGGGAAGGCGUGACCCAUGACAAUCCAGCCGGUACCAGUUGGAAGCUGAUUGAGGCACCAAAAUGCGGCUUCGCUUACGGCCAGAAGGCCACCGUCGGCGCCAAAGCAGUCUCCUUGACACAGUCCGUGGCUUGGGUACUACUCACAAAUGGCGCAAUCGCCGCGAGAACUGGCAUCACUAAAGAACGACAAGACGGCGCGCAGUGGAAAUAUUUAUCAGAUUGUGACACACCGUUCAAACAUAUUUCAAGUUACGGAAGAGAAGUGUGGGCCGUGCGGUCGGACGGUGCUUUACAACGGCGUCUCGGCGUUACGGCUGAUACCGCAACAGGCACAACUUGGCAGUUAGUGCUUCCCGGGAAUUUUGUCCACGUGUCGGCUAGAGGAGGUUGCUUGGUA